GCGCCGCUCUUUCCGCAGAUUCCACACCCACGUGGCUGUCAGUCUGAAGUUUCUAUGUGAAGGAUUCCUUUGAGUCGAAAUGCAUUUGUUGCCAGGAUAAGGCAAUCUGCAUCUCUUAGAUGCAAUAAAAGUGUAUGAUUUCAUGUUGAUUAAUAAUUUCUUGAAAUCACUAACAAAUUCUAGAUAUUCCUUUCACUAGUGGCAUUAGCGAACAAAAGUUGUAAAACAUGAAGACGGCAAACAGAAGAAACGAUGAUGGCUCGAUGCUGAACAUGAAGCUGACCAUGAGGAUAAUGAUGAUGGCCGGAGUCUUCCAGGCUCUGCUGGCGCCAGCCCUCGCUGACCUCCAGCCCGGAAUGCCCCAUGUGUGCGAGUACCAGAGGAAGGAGACCGUGGAGGUGCAGGUGCCGAGCGUCAGGGCCUUCACCGCCACCGUCAGGGUGUACCGUCCGGGCUGCUUCCUCAACACUCCAGCCUGCGUCACUCACGAGAGGAGGUGA